AGAGGACUGCUUGUGUCCCAGAGCUUGCACUUUACUUCUGAACUCUUUUUUUAUUUUAAUUUUCCCUUUUUUUUAUUUGUUUGUUUGUUUGUUUGUGAGGAAUUCCUGCACCAACAUGAAUCCGCCCUGUGGAAGAUGCAAUAAACCAGUUUAUCCAACAGAAAAAAUAAAUUGCCUUGAUAAGUAUUGGCACAAAGGAUGUUUCAGCUGCGAGGUAUGCAAGAUGGCCCUGAGCAUGACGACCUACAAAGGCUUUGAGAAGAAACCUUACUGCAGUAUGCAUUAUCCCAAAACCUCCUUCACCAUCGUGGCCGACACGCCGGAGAAUCUGCGUCUCAAACAGCAGAGCAUGCUCAACAGUCAGGCGCUCUAUAAGGAGGACUUUGAAAAGAACAAGGGGAAAGGUUUCAGCGUGGUGGCCGACACUCCGGAGAUGCAGAGAGUGAAGAAGACACAAGACCAGAUCAGUCACGCUCUUUACAAGGAGGACUUUGAAAAGAGCAAAGGGAAAGGUUUCAGCGUGGUGGUCGACACUCCGGAGAUGCAGAGACUGAAGAAGACGCAAGACCAGAUCAGUAACAUAAAGUACCAUGAAGAGUUUGAAAAGAGCAGGAUUCGAAGUGACGCACCUCCUCCUGAGAACAGACAAGACAAUGAUGAACAACCAUCCAACCCUGAGAGAAUCAGUCAGCCGGUCGGACAAACGCGCCCUGCAGCUGUUGCACCACCUAGUGGAGAGAGACGUUACCAGGCCGUGUACAGCUACACGGCUGCAGAGGCAGAUGAAGUUUCUCUGCAGGAAGGCGACCUGCUCUCAGAGGUGGAGCCGAUAGACGAAGGGUGGAUGUUCGGGUGCAACCAGCGCACGGGGCAGCGGGGAAUGCUGCCGGCCAACUACGUCAGGCCCGUGUGAGACAAGGAGACACGAGGCGGUCUGUUAAUCUGUCGUCACCAUCAACAGUCAGGCUUCUACUCAAAAUCACCCUUUUGCAAAUUAAAAAUCUAGAAUUGUACUUCAGUACAGUACUCGAGUAAGUGUACUUUGUUAUCACUGAUGAAUAAUAAAACACA